AUGGUUGCCGAAGAAAAGCCCUCCCAACAUACUGGAGGCACCGCCCCCCCGGGUGCCGUCGAGGCAAACCGCCCAGAUGAGGUCAACAAAGAACCGUCAAUCGUCGAGGCAAAUGAUGGGGACGGAAAGGGGGAGCUUCUGCCUUCUCCAGAGGAGCAGAUCGACGCUUUGGGCAUCCCAAACUGGAGAGAGCUGGAGAAGCAGGUCGUCAAACGCCUUGACAUGACUCUAAUGCCUUGCCUCUGGGUCUUGUAUCUUUUCAACUACUUGGACCGUGCCUCCAUCGCCUACGUUCUUGGCCAGAUCCCUUCGAACAUGAUCAUUGGAAAGGUGCGGCCUAGCCUGUACCUCUGCUGCAUGGCGCUGGUCUGGUCUAGCGUCUCCGCUGCCACUUGUGGUGUGAAGAACUACCAAGGGCUUAUUGCCGCAAUUUAUGUCAUGUCUUGCUGGUACACAAGGAAGGAGAUGGCGCUUAGAUGUGCCCUUCUAUACACUGGCCAGACACUCGCAUUUUGCACCGCAGGACUCAUUGCUGCCGCGGUCUUCGGCACGCUUGAAGGGUCGUACGGCUUGGCUGGAUGGCAGUGGCUUUUCAUCGUCCUCGCGUCCACUGGCGCAGGACUUGCCAUGAUCGCCCUGUUCAUUCUGCCCGACUAUCCAGACUCCACAACUGGUAGUGCUCGAUGGUCAAUGACUGAGGACAUGCGCAAAGUCGCCGCUGCUCGCAUUCUUGCCGAUCGAGUUUCCACCGCGGAGGCGAAGACUGGUGUAUGGCACGGACUGAAGAUGAGUGUCUUCGAUUACAAGAUGUGGCUUCUCGUCGGCAUGAACAUCGGCAUCUCGGCUGCCUACGGGUUCUCCAACUUCUUCCCAUCAAUCGUUCGUGGAUUUGGCUACAACAACACGAUCACUCUGGUGCUCACGGCGCCCCCAUACAUCUUCGCCGCCGCUGGAUCCCUGGUCAAUGCCUGGCACUCCGACAAGACUAAGGAGCGUGGAUACCACUUUGCGGGUCCUAUUGCGUUUGGGUGUAUCGGCUACAUCAUUUGCCUCGCCACCGAGAACCGGAACGCCCGUUAUGGUGCCUCUUUCAUCUACGUUGGCGGCAUGUACUUCGCCAACCCCUUGAUCAGCACCUGGACUUCCAAUACGAUGGGCAGAACCCCUGAGAAACGUGCAAUUUCCGUUGCCCUCGUCAACGUUUUGGGUCAAAUCGGAAAUCUGAUCGCUCCCUACUUCUUUGUCGACUCUGACGAGCCUCGGUAUCGUUUGGCGUUCAUCAUGAUGAUGGUCAUGGGCUUGAUCGCCUGCGUGAGCGCAAUGGGUCUGAAGCUCUACCUGCAUCGAUCCAACAAGAAGCUGUACCGCACAGCGAUAAGGAAUGGGACGGCUUAUCAGCCAUAUGUUAUGUAA